AACAUAAUAAUGCUAACACAAGUAGCAGUUCAGCGUACCCAUAUUAUUGCACAAUUUGUUUUUUCACAAAAAUAUGCACAGUCUUAGUAGAAGGGGUAACUAAAUGCCUGGCUUAAACUUAGCAAAAGGCGAAACGAAUCGGCCACAUCAGCCCAAUAAAUGCCAAUAAGCUAGGAAAUGAACGAAUUCCUCCUGGGAGAAGAUCGAAUUCAAAAUCACGCUUUUUCACCAACGACACUAUUUUUCAAGGGAUUUUAAAGUCAAACCAAAACUUCCAAGAAAUUAUGCAGUCCGAGAACAAGCCAAAAUAACUAUUUAUGCAACAAACAUUUGCUCGUUUAAAUGAUGCCUGUUAUGCGCUUGCGACUGGAAGACGUAUCGCUUAUAACGUUCGGUUUGUAUUUCUCUCCAGCUUCCUUUCUUUGCAAUGGGCGAGACUUACUCUUAUGGACAUGAGUAAGCACAUUGGCAUCGCCUUUCACAGUGAAUGUCAUGAGAAGAAAUAUUGCAAGAGACAACCAAAAGUCAUUCGGCUUCGAUAUGUUGAAGCGAAAUGGCAUCUUCAUCUUCUCAUCAUAUUGUCGAUGGUGGGAUUUUGUGUAUCCGACUGUCCUGACGGUUGGAAAUCUCACAAAGACUUCUGUUUCCGAAUGACCGAUGACAGAAGUGAAACGUUCAACUUUGCCGAAAGUCUCUGCCGUAAACUUCAUCCUUCUGCUCAUCUGGCUAGCAUUCAUAACGAGGAAGAAAAUGAGGUGGCUUGGAUCGCUACUCGCAAUAUCACCGCUUGGAUUGGAUUACAACUGGUUAAAGACAAGUGGCGAUGGAGCGAUCGCACAUAUUUCGACUAUGUAAACUGGGUAGACGAGAAGGUGCCGGUAAGCAACACUACCGGAUGCGUGCAGUUGACAAUGUCAAAGAAGUGGCAAAAUGGUAUAUCGUGCAAGAAAGAUAAGAAGGCGGAAGAGGGCGCCGGUAUCCAGGAGAAAAUCACCAGUAAAAUUCAAGUAAAGCAAAAAAGACCAAAACGCAGCGGAUAUUCUAGCAUCCAUCAAAACAUACGAAAAAGAAGAGCUGCAAAGAAAAAGGGAAAAAAGAAAGAAGGUGGUAAGGGCAAAGGACAGCCGGCACUGUGCAAAGUGCCUCAUAUGGAGACAUGUGGUGGUCCUGAUUGGAUCCGAGCCGGUGAAUUUUGCUACAACUUCUCCACACCCGGCCAGGUCAAGACGUGGAACGACGCGGGCUCCUAUUGUCUUCAAAUGGACGCCCGGUUCGUAGCCAUCUUCAACGCUCGGCAAAACGACGUCCUUCGUCGGCUUGCUCGGCUUGCAGGCAGUACCAUUUGGCUCGGUCUUAUUCAUACCGACGACGGCUUCCACCGCUGGGCUGACGGCGCAAUUAUGAGCUACGAAAAUUUCGGGAAACACGACAAGUACGACCCGAACCACAAGUGCGUCUACCUAGAGGACGAGACGGGAACGUGGCUACACGAGCAGUGCGAGAAAGAGCUCGACUUUGUCUGUAUGCGUCCCAAGCUGCAGCUGUACGACUCCCGCACAGCCAACAACAGCCGGCCGCGCGCGACCGUCGAGAUCUGGCGCAGGAUCGAAGAGGCGCUGGUGCCCGCGCGAGGGCCGCCGCGACCCUCAACGACCACGACCACGACCGCGAAGCCGACGCCGGAGCUGCGCUCAGAAAUGCGCGAGGAGGUUAUUGAGGCUUCCGAGAAAAUCACCGCCGGUGUGAUGACGGACACGGGGAAGAAGCACGGAGCGCGCAGCCGGCGGGCGGCCGGCCGGCUCAAACGACUGGCAAAGAAGGUCCUCGGUCAUGUGACCUGACCCGACCCCGCUGGGCAGGCUGCGGGCCCAGUGGAUAAUUGUUUGACAUGUUGCGAAACAUUGCUAAGAUCAGGUUGACCCGCACGUUACUCGUCUUGCACAAUUAAGAUGAUGAAGCGAUUUGCCACCUGCGAAAAGUGUGCAUGUGAUGCUUGUUUGAAUUAUACGCGAUUUUUGGUGCA